CACCUACAGCCUCUCGACAUCGUCAUGUCGCAGCAGGCUUCUCCGUCUGGCCUGCGGGCUCGACUCCAAGGCCCGGCCGGACCUCAGCUCCAGCAGCAUUUGGCCUCAAAUCUGUUUCUCAUCAUCCUUCUUCUGGUGCUGACCAACUCAGUUGCGCCCAGCGUUACGGCGCUGGCCAGCCGGGCCGGUCUUCUUCCCUUGCCAUGUCCCUCCUCUGGGCACAGCCUCACAUCGGUUUCGGUCGGUGAAAAGAAAGAUGUCAGCCCAUCGGAGCACAGUCGUCAGGCCGACUCGUCCGGCGCAUUUGGGCGCUGGCAAACACUCCCGACCGGCCGAGAUACCGAUGGCAGAGGUGAAAAACGAUACAUUCCUCCGAUUAAAAGGGCCUGGCCGGUCAAUUCGGCCAAGGUUGAAGACGUCGGCCAGUCAGACGUUGACUUUGGAGACUACGACUCUAUUCCGAAUGCUGGAGAUGGAGCAGUUCGCGUUAGCAACGGCUACGCCUCGUUGCCGUGGCCGUCGAAGCGAUUCACUCCGGUGCUUGACGAUUACGGCUGGCCGGGGGGCCGGUUCGGAUAG